AUGGGAUCGUUAACGAAGCUGCCUUCCGAGCUGUGGUCUUGUGUACUAGAGCAGCUGGAGCCACGUGACCAAUCAUCGAGCACGGCUGCGCUAAUGAUUGCGUUCCCGAAGGCUCCCGUUGACUUCAAGCACGUGUGGACGCAUAUACACUUGAGGAAUGAGCUACAAGUGAAGGCGCUCAAUUUGAAGCUUGUAAAUGAUAAGGAGAUGAAGAUCAGUCUACAGCGCGAGCCGUUCCUCGGCCAGUCUCUGCGUCAUUCGGCUCUUUUGGGCGAUCCGUACUAUCUGAUUAAUGUAUACGAGGUGCUCAAGCAGGCGCACUUGCUUUCUUUAUUCGUUGGACCAGCAUUCGCACCCGAGCAUCUCGCAGAGUUGUUUCGCAAACCGCGUCGUAAUCUCAAGACGCUCAAUAUACACUUCCGCCCUUAUUUGAAGCGGAGGUCUUACUACCAAUUCCUCAAAGGCGCUUACUUCGACUCGACGUUGGAAGAGCUAGCGAGAAGGUGGCCAAUCAAUGCGAAUCUCACGCGAGUGUCAUUUAUACAGGAUAACCCACCUAGCAUUGAGUACAAGGCUAGUAAAGAGCGGCUUCCAAUUGAGGAAGAAGAAUCGGUGGAGCUCGUCGAUCACUCGACAUACCUCAACAGUUACUCAGGUGGCCCAUCGACUAUGUUUAGGAAUAAACUUCUAACUGAAGAUUUACCAAAGAAGUUCGCACAUCCUAUCGUUUUCUUUAACCUUAGUCACUGUCUCACUCAAUUUGCUUCGAGUGACUUUGCAUCGAGCGUGGAGCAUUUCAGACUACGAGUACCGCAAAGAGAUGUCGCGACUUCACUAUCAGUGCAAGGGUCACUACCGCGCGUAACCAGUCUCGAUCUGUCAACAACAACCAUCAGAGUUGGUGGACCUGAUGCUAACCUCGCCAGUCUGCUCAGAAGACUCAGCAAAUUGCAGUAUCUCGUACUCGACCAGACGGAUGUUCUCGGUGCGGAUAGGAAGUUCAUCAACUUGGUCGCUAGAGAUAGGGCGAAGAAGGCAGCGCGAGCAAUUGGACAGCUGUGUGCAACGACGGGGCUGGUACGUGCAAAGCUACUUCAGGCUCGGAUCAAUGAAUGGGUUGCUGAACAGAGGGCAACGUUUGUCGGUAUGAAUGAGGCUAUGAUGAGACAGGUAAAUAUUCAAGAUAUUCAAGAAAAUCAAGGCAGACGCGACCAGAUACCAGAGCAAAGUACUUCAUCUAGACGGAGAAUUAACACAGGGAGGAGAGCAUUCCAGGCAAAUUUCUCUUUAAGAGAACAGACAGAGACUGGGAGCGCACCAAGGCUGUCCAGUGCUGCUAGAGCUUACUUGAAACAUGCCCCAGUGGAAUAUGUCGUCCUGGCUGAGUUGCCUUGCUUGAAGGCUAUCACAGUUGGUGUGCGCGACUGCGUCAAGCAGGCCAGACGCGAUGAAUGGCAGCGCGAUUUCGAAAAAGGCUGGAAAGAAGGUUGCAGCAAGGUUGUUGAGAGUAUCAACAGUUCGUACAGAGGCUGGAUCAAGAGCCGCGAGGAUGAAGACAGAGCGAGGGAUUUGAGAGAGAGGAGAGAAGGUAGAGAAGGUAGAGAGACAGAUAGCCACAGAGACAGAGGAAAACAGCAGCAGAAGUACAAGAAGUAUGGUAAAUCUAGCAACAACGUUUCCCAGAAUAGAGGAGACAGAGGAGAAGAGAGGAGGAAGAAGGUCGAGUUGAUCAGGAUUGACGAAGAGGGGGACAUAGUGACCAGUGAAGAUAGGAUAAGAGGUUCAACCCUACCUAAUGGGUUUGCAGAGGAGUUCCAAGGCAUGAGAGCGUGUCUGAGCGAGGAAGAAGUGCUCAAGAUGAUAUCACGCGGAUCAGACAAGAUGUUCCAAGUGCCCAAGUUCUGCAGCGUAGGCAAAUGCGAGCAUCCUGCCGAAAUGAACGACAGCGACAGCGAUGAGGAUGAAGAUGAUGACGAUGAUAAUGAUGUCGAUGAUGUCGAUGAUGUCAUGGGGUGUCCUCGAGGGUGUGCCCACGAGUACAUACGCAGAGUCUGGAGUGAUAUUUAG